AUGGUAUCAUGUGCAGUGAGCAAUUGUGACGUGACAAGAAGAAAUAACCCAAAUAACUACACAUUUCACAGAUUACCUUCUCGACCUGCACUACGUGACAAAUGGAUACGCAUUAUAAAUAGGCCUAAUUGGACUCCGAGCAAAAAUUCAACUGUUUGCAGUGAACAUUUCGAUGAAAAAUGUUUUAUACAAAGAACCCGUCAACGUGUAUUAUUGAAAGAUUCAGUACCCACUCUGUUUGUUACUAUUAAACUGAAACAAAGAAGAUCAGUUUCUUCAUACGUCAAUAGAGAUAUUACCCUUCCAAGAGAAGAACUGACCCAACUUCACCUACACCUGGGCCUUCCUCAAGUCAAGUACUUACACCGAGAGAAAAAAAACUCAUUGAUAAGAAUAUGCGAUUAA